GGCAAAUAGAAGCUUGCAGUCGUGUAGUGCACAGACACUUCUUUCCAGAAGGCAGAGAGCAAUGCUCAGUCUACUGACAGACGAGCCAGCAGACCGACAAGGAGUCAGGACAUAUUCUCAUAGUACUAACAGAUGGUAACACCACCAGUGGGUCUUCUGAAGCCCACUUUCACUCUCCUGGGUGUGAUUGCUCCUGAAUGCACAUUCAACCUGCAGAUGCACUCAACCACAGGCUUACUUUUCAACCCUGCAUCUAUCUCAACACUCACACCAAAGCUGUACCCGCGGGAGGAGGAUACACAUGUUUUAUUGACAGAGCUACAGGUGGUUUGAGUUUGAGCUUCUGGUGGACUGGAAGGUUUUUUUUUCCUGUGUGGUGAGCUGUGGCGUCUUUGGUGCCAGUAUGUUGGCUAUUAUUGUGGCAUGUUUGGUAUUCGUCCUGCUGGGCAUGGGGCAGACUCAGGUUGCCACACAGGCUCAGGGGCAGAGCCAGAGUCGAGGCCAGGAGCAGGACAACUCUGCCACCCCUUGGAGGCAGGUGAUUCAGUGGGAGAACAAUGGCCGGGUGUUUAGCCUGCUGAACAGUGGAGCAGAAUAUGUCCCUGCCAGGGCAGGGGCCCAGGACAGAGGUCCCAGGGUGGUUGUAGCAGAUGCUCGUUCACGCUCUUCACGUAGACCUCAGGGAGGCAAUGUCCGCCGACAGGCUCCAUCAAGAGGAUCCUCUGAGACUGUCCGUGGGCAGGCAAGGCAUCCUUUUGGCUUUGGGCAAGUGCCUGAUAACUGGAGACAAACUGCAGGCAGCACAGGGGGUAGUCAGUUCCAGGGAUCCUCUAGCACUCGCUUCAGGCCCGCCACAGGCUCUUCAUCUUCAUCAUCAUCAUCAUUCUUUUCUUCAUCUUCUUAUGAUAUACCAUCCUACCCACAGAACCCAUUUCCUCAACAGACUCCCUUCCAACCAGUACCUUAUGACUCUAGUUUUGUGGAGGCACCAGUCAGGAGCUAUGAGCCACCCUUUCAGCCUGUUGUCGGUGGAGGAUAUGGUGGUGGAGGGUAUGGUGCUGGACGGGGGUAUACUGGAGGAGGGUAUGGAGGUGGUCUGGCCCCAGUGCUCCCAGGCUCUCCCUCUGAUUUUACUGACGAUAGCUACCGUUACUACCAGUCUUAUGGCUACGGGUCCAAUCCUGUGGUGCCUGCACGUGCUGCCCAACCACCGUUUACUGAUGGUCUGGACCGCAGAUACACCCAUAGUCUCUACAAUGAGGACUCUGCUCCUGCGGUCCCUGCCUCCAAUGUCAACCAGGCUACUCCUGUGAUAGUGGACAGGACGGGACCUGCUGGUCAACCACCAGUCAGGAGCCCUCAGUAUGAGCAGUUUCCUCCAUUUGGAAGACCCCAGCCUCCUUUCCUGCAGCCCAUUCCUCCAGGCAGAAAUUCUCCAAACUCUGCCCUUGAGAACCCCAGUAUGAAUGUUGGGAGUGUGUACCGACCAGAACAGAGAGGUUUGCCUGACCUGGUUCCUGAUCCCAACUAUGUCCAGGCAUCCACAUACAUCCAGAGAGCCCACAUGUAUUCUCUUCGCUGUGCUGCUGAAGAAAAAUGUCUGUCAAGCACUGCCUAUGGCCCUGAGACCACCGACUAUGAUGUAAGGGUCCUGCUGCGAUUCCCACAGAGGGUGAAGAACAAGGGGACUGCCGACUUUAUGCCUAACAGGCCACGUCAUACCUGGGAGUGGCAUAGCUGUCAUCAGCACUACCACAGUAUGGAUGAGUUCAGCCAUUAUGAUUUACUGGAGGUCAGCACUGGCCGUAAAGUGGCAGAGGGACACAAGGCUAGCUUCUGUCUGGAGGACACCACCUGUGACUUUGGUCACCUGAAGCGCUAUGCCUGCACUGCUCACACUCAGGGUCUGAGCCCGGGCUGCUACGACACAUACAAUGCUGAUAUUGACUGCCAGUGGAUCGAUAUCACAGACAUCAAGCCUGGAAACUACAUACUAAAGCUUCAGGUUAAUCCCAAGUUCUUGGUGCUGGAAUCAGACUUUACCAACAAUGUGGUCAGGUGUAAUAUACACUACACAGGACGGUUUGUUACAACAACCAACUGCAAGAUAGCACAGUCUUGAUCAGGCACUGGAAGGCUGCCAUGCUGGAGUGACCCUGAUUGCUAUUCCAUUGAAAUGUGAAUGGAAUCCAUUUGUUUUUGGUUCAAUGUUGAUGUUCUUUGUCUCUAUUAUUUUGUGCUGUCUUGGUAUGCUGGGCCCAUGGCAAACAAGGGUUCCUCUGGCACUGAAAAGAGUGUGGCGGUUUAAAGUAGACUGGCACACACAUACACACACACACACACACACACACACACACACACACACUGUUGCAUAAUUCAUAUUGCACGUUAAUAUUCCAGUAAUGAAUCAACAGUUCACAUCCCUGCAAUCUACGUUAUAAUAUUGUCCUACCAACUACAUUUCUCAUAUUGCAACUCUACCAGUCUGGUUUGGUUAAUGCUAGGACACAUCAUUGACUUUCAAAAGAGGUGUUUACUUUAUCUGCACACAAACAUCUAUGCAAACUCCCGGCAGAGGGCUCUGUUUGAAUUAUAACAAAAGUGUAAAACAAUGCCGGGGCUGAAAUGAGUGGUUCCAGACAAGUCAGGGUUCAGCUACAAUCCAACAAAUAAAAUUAGGGGACAAAGCCUUCCCAGGUGCAUUCCUCCAUGCAGUGUGGGGACAGACCGAGAUGCCCAGUGACUCAGAAGAACUAUAAUGUGUUUGGGUUUUUUUUAUCUUCACCGCCUCAAUGGGUCAGGAUGGGAUACUGUGAUUCUCUGGGUACAUCCUGUUUAAUGUUGUGUUAACAGCAAGAGGAAGUCAUAUAUUAGUCAACUCCAUCAAAUUACAAGUCAACAUAAAGACUGACUGUCAGUACUGGGUGCUGUACUCCUCUAAAUCCUUGCAUAUUUGUGUUGUGUCCACAUUCGUCCUUUCUUAUUUCAGUAAAACAGGAACAGGAAGCUCAACUGGCAGAAAAGGGUGCUUUCCAGAACACAAGACUCACAGUAUGUAAGCUGUAUGUUUACAUUGUCUUCUUCAACUACCAACACUGGUCAGAUGGCACAUAGGUCAUCUAUACCUGAAGAAUGUAAAUACAAAUAUUCCACUGAUGCAUGACUUUAAUGAUGGAGAUUAUAUUGUUGUAACUGAUUGUACUUUGUUUAUCCAGUUUGACCUGUUACUGUAAUUUGUGAAAUUCAAUGAACUAUAUAUAAUUUCAUGAUAAUCUGAAUCAUUCAAAUAGUAUGUGUUGUUGGAAAAAACACUACUGCUACAGACUAAGUAUUUCAAUACAGAGCGUCAGAAAGCCAUCUCUACCUACCUCUCCAAUUAAGUGAGCUGUUGUUUCCUGUUGAGUGUUUGUUUUUUUAUUGGAGAUCCCUGCAAUGGUUUACUGUGGCCUCCUAUCACUUUGUUGCAGCACACAGCUAAAAUCCUCCCAUCUAUUGAAUAUAUCAAAGAACACGCGAUGUGAAAUGCAAACAAUGACUUAGUAAUAUUGCAAAAGACUUAAAGUUAUAAGCCUUAAGAUUUCAGUCUUGACUGUUUAGCGACAUCUGUGGUUACUGGUGGUAACAGCAAGUGCAGUUUAAUACUGCAUCAAACACUCCUUGAGCAGCUACAUUGUCAGCAGAAAUACAGCAGAUGAGCAACUCUGUUUACAGUGCAACCAAAUAAACUCACGUUUCGAUAAAGUGAGUUAGCAGAGGAGUUGUGCAGCCUGUCGCCUGCAGCUCUUCAUCAACAGCUCACUGUUACUGGGCCUUCUUGUCCCAUUAAUCCCUGCAAGAUUUAAAACUGAUCUGCUGUCCAAAAUUGUUUUUGUCUUGUUUUGUACACGCAUUUUUGAUAAACUAACGUAGUUAACUGUGGUGACAAAAAUAUUACGUUUCCUGUGGCUGCUUAAAAUAAAAGCCACCCCAUGUUGUUUGAAUAGAAUGCUUUCAGUGCAGAAUAGGCUUAGUCUUUGGUAUCCAAUUUAUUGCCCAGAGUAGAAAUCUUUCAUAUUUUACUGUAAAUAGUCGGUUCUUCAUUAGAUAUGAUUUUCUUUUUUUUUUACUUUGGUAACUCAUGAUCAUACUGUACGCUCACUGAAAAGUUGCAACAGCAUGUGAUUUUGACAUUCGGUACAAGAGUAGGUGACAGUUAUACAGCAUCUUUGACAUGUGGUGAUGAAAUUUGUAUUUUUCUAACAGUAAACAAAUGUCAUAUACAAUAAAUACAUUUACACAUCUGC